AUGCUUAAUGUUAGUCCUUAUACUAUUUCAAGAAUGCUUAAGUACUACAAAGAAACUGGGUGGUAUGAGAGAGUCAAGAACCCAGGGAGACCAAAGAAGUUAAAUGCAAGAGAUAAAAGAGAGAUUCUGCAUGAGAUUUCAAAGGAUCCGAUGCAACCAAUGUCUUACAUCAGAAAAGCCAUUGCAAAUCUCAUAUCAGCAAACACUCUAAGAUAUUUCCUUCGCAGCAAUGGCAUAUAUUCCUUUCUCCACAAGAACAACACUGGUCUUCAUACUACAUUUAUCUCUCCAACCAUGAAGUGUGAAGGUGGUUCUUUCAUGGUUGGGGGAUGCUUCUUCAGCAAGGGUGUCGGGGCUUUAAAAAUCAUAAACGGACAAGCCAAUGGCAAGAAGCAUGUUGAAGUAUUAGAAAAGGCAUAUCUUCCUUCUCUCUCAGCCUUCCAGCAGCAAACUGGUUGGGAUGACUUGGUACUCCAAGAAGACAACGCCAAGGCACAUACAAGCAAUGUUGUUGUAAAUUGA